CACCUACAUACUGUACGUCUGCCUCCCCAGCCGGUUACCAUUCAAGAAUCAGAUUGUGAAACACGGGAACCAGUUUAUAUACAACCAUAAUCAUCUAAGCGAUGGAUCACCAUUCCCAUGGAGAGACCCAGACCUCACUCACUGACCUCUUGCUGGAUUAUCUAAAGGAUCUCAUUGAUGAAGAGUUGAAGGAGUUUAAACUGCGUCUCCCAGUGAAUAAAGAGUUAAAGCCCCUUCCCAAGGGUCAGAUGAAAACCUUGGGCAGAACAGACUUUGCCGAAAUGAUGAUGAAUUCCUACAGUAAAGCUGGGGCUCUCAAAGUCACGCUUGAGAUCCUGAAGAAGAUGAACCUGAAUGACCUUGCUCAGAAACUGAAUGAAGACCUGCAGAAGUGUAAACAAGCAGGAAGUGAGCAGAGUGACAUGUUGGAGACGAGGCAACUCAUGUUGCACAAAAUAAAAUGUUCCUUGAAAGAGAAAUUUGAGUGUGUGUAUGAAGGGAAAGCUAAGGAAGGACAGCGAAUACUUCUCAGUGAGAUUUACAUAGAACUCUACAUAACUGAAGGUGGGACUGGAGGAGUCAAUGAUGAACAUGAAGUGAGACAGAUUGAAACAGCAUCCAAGAAAAGGCAAACAGAAGAUACUACAGUCAAGUGCACUGAUAUAUUUAAACCCUUAUGUGGGCGUGAGACACCAAUCAGAACUGUACUCACUAAAGGGGUGGCAGGUAUCGGGAAAACAGUCUCUGUGCAGAAGUUUAUUCUCGACUGGGCAGAAGGAAAAGCAAACCAGGAUGUUCACUUCAUAUUUGCUCUUCCUAUCCGGGACCUGAAUUUGAUUAAGGGUGAAUACAGUCUGAUUGAACUGCUUCACCGCUUUGUCCCAGAACUGAAAUCACUUGAAUCCACUGAGUUAUUUGGGUACAAAGUCUUGUUCAUCUUUGAUGGUCUGGAUGAGUGUCGCCUUCCUCUAAAUUUUCGGAACAAUGAGAGCUGGUUUGAUGUAACAACGAAAAUGUCACUGGAUCUGCUGUUGACUAACCUCAUUAAGGGGAAUCUGCUUCCAUCCGCUCUCCUCUGGAUAACCUCCCGGCCAGCAGCAACCAAUCAGAUACCUCCUGAGUACAUCCACCGGGUGACAGAGAUACGAGGGUUCAGUGAUGCACAGAAGGAGGAGUAUUUCAAGAAGAGAUUUAAUGAUCAGAGCCUGGCCAGCAGGAUUAUCACACAUGUGAAAUCAUCAAGGAGCCUCUUCAUCAUGUGCCACAUACCUGUGUUCUGUUGGAUUUCAGCCACUGUGCUUAAGAGGCUUUUUACUGAGAAUGACAGGGGAGAAAUUCCAAGGACUCUGACUGAAAUGUACACACACUUCCUGAUUCAUCAGGAAAGUUUUAAAAAAGACAAGUAUAUGAAAAACUAUGAAAGCAAGCUAAAUGAAAACAGCAAGGAAUUCCUUUUGAAACUUGGUAAAUUGGCUUUUGACAACCUUGAGAAAGGCAAUCUCAUAUUUUAUAAGCAAGAUCUGACAGAGAAUGGCAUUGAUGUCGCUGAAACUUCAGUUUACUCUGGAGUCUGCACAGAAGUCUUUAAAGAGGAGUAUGGGUUGUACCAGGAGAAGGUGUACUGCUUUGUGCAUCUGAGCAUCCAGGAGUAUCUCGCUGCUUUAUAUGUGUUUCUGUCAAACUCAUCUGCUGACCUGCUGAAGACUGCAGUGAAUCAGGCAUUAGAGAGCAAGAAUGGACACUUGGACCUCUACCUCCGCUUCCUCCUGGGCCUCUCAACAGAUUCCAGUAAGACUCUGUUACAAAAGUUACUGGGGCCGACAGAAACCAGCUCACAUACCAUUAAGGAAACAGCCCAAUACAUCAAGGUGAAAAUACAGGAGAAUUUAUCUCCAGAAAGGACCAUCAACCUGUUCCACUGUCUGACUGAGCUGGGUGACAAUUCUCUAGUAGAGGAAGUACAAAGAUACCUGAAUUCAGGAAACAUUUCAGCAGAUGACCUCUCACCUGCACAGUACUCAGCUCUGGCCUUUGUGAUGCUGAUGUCAGAUGAGGAGCUGGAUGUGUUUGACCUGAAGAAAUACAUCAGAUCAGAUAAACAGCACUGCAGGCUGCUGCCUGUGGUCAAGAACUCCAGGACGGCUCUGCUGAACAGCUGUGAUCUCAUAGAUAAACACUGUGAAGUGCUGUCUUCAGCUCUCAGAUCAAACUCCUCACCCCUGAGAGAGCUGGACCUGAGUGACAAUGACCUGCAGGACUCAGGAGUGAAGCUGCUCUCUGCUGGACUGGGGGACUUACACUGUAAACUGGAGAUACUGAGGCUGUCAGGCUGUAUAGUCACAGAAGAAGGCUGUUCUUCCCUGGCUUCAGCUCUGAAGUUAAACCCCUCACACCUGAGAGAGCUGGAUCUGAGCUACAAUCACCCAGGAGAUUCAGGAGUGAAGCUACUCUCUGCUGUACUGGAGGAUCUCAGCUGUAAACUGGAGAAGCUGCAGGUGGGCCGGUGUGAACUCACAGAGAAAUGCUGUGAGGCACUGGCUUCAGCUCUCAGAUCAAACUCCUCACCCCUGAGAGAGCUGGACCUGAGUGACAAUGACCUGCAGGACUCAGGAGUGAAGCUGCUCUCUGCUGGACUGGGGGACUUACACUGCAACCUGGAGAUACUGAGGAACUGCCUACAUGCUCUUGCCACAUGAGGCCGGGCAUUGUCGUGCACCAGGAGGAACCCAGGACCCACCGCACCAGCAUAGGGUCUGACAAUGGGUUCAAGGAUUUCAUCCUGAUACCUAAUGGCAGUCAAGGUGCCGUUGUCUAGCCGGUAGAGGACUGUGCGUCCCUCCAUGGAUAUGCCUCCCCAGACCAUCACUGACCCACCACCAAACCGGUCAUGCUGAACAAUGCUGCAGGCAGCAUAACGUUCU